UGGCUUUCCUCCUCCUUCCGCAUUUGCUACACGCAUAGCCUUCCAUCUUCUUCCGUUUCUCUCCUUUCCUCCUAUGAUUAGUUGGUGUUAAAUAUGUUGCUACAUAUAGUUGUUUCUCUAUGAUAUGUUUGGUCCCUGAUAUGGAAUUUCCUUUGAAUUGAGGCUCAAACUCUUCUCAUCAAGAUCAAGUUUUAUCGGUUUCUUUUUAAAAAAGUUGUCUGCAGCACUCUUCAAACGUGAAAAAAUGGAAAGCAACUUGGUAAACUUCACAGAACUCCAACCUCUCAUGGACAACUGGACUGCCAUUGUUCAAGUGAUUGAAAAGCAAAAGGUUCAGGUUUCAAGAAAUGGAAAACGCUACCAAAAGUUGGUGUUUGUUGAUAGUCAGGGUCAAACCGCUCAAGCUCUAAUUUAUGCUGGAGAUAUAAUGUUCUUCAGGAAGUACUUUGAACCAUAUAGAAGAUAUUAUGUAUCGAAUGCUAGGAUUCAAAAUGUGUUGCCAAGGUACAGUACCUACCCAAAUGAGUGCUCAUGGACCAUUGACAACUCCACGCUUGUCCAAGAAAUCGAUGAAGUGGACCCCCCUCUGAUACCUAAUGUGUUCAACUUUGCUAACUAUAAUUCAGUUUAUCAGCACAUUGACACAACUGAUGAAAUAGAUCUUAUUGGAAUAGCAAUUCACGUGCACUCGAAAGCAAUCAGAGGCGGAACACCAACUAGGGACAUCAUUCUUAAAGAUCAUACGUCGCACCCAAUGGUCCUGACCCUUUGGGGAGAGCAUGAAUCAGAAGAGGGACAAGACAUAGCUGAUAUGAUCCACACCCAACCUGUGGUUGCAGCGCUUCGAGUCCGAGUGACAUCUUACCAUACCAUGCAUCUAUCCACCAAAUACUCCAGCAGCAUUCUAAUCAACCCUCCAAUUCAGCAAGCCACUGGCCUGCGUAACUGGUGCAGUCAAAAUGAAGAGGAAAUCACGCGCUUCAUUGCUGAGCGGACUUAUACUGAUCGUCUCAAACUGCUACCUAUACCAGAUGAUGACAGAGUUAUAACUAUCAGUGACCUCACAGCUGUGGCUGAGGCAAGGCCCUAUUGGAUUAGAGGCAUACCAAAACUUCUAGAAACAAGUCAAAAGCUAUGGUACCAUUCAUGCCCACACUGCUACAAAUACAUCAGAGCAAGGCCAGAUUAUGAGAUCACCUGCACUUCAUGCUACCAGCGCAUCCGUCUCACUCCACGCUGCAGACUAACAGUGCAAAUUAGUGAUAUGAGUGGUGCUAUAACUCUUGACCUGAGUGGUAAUGAUGCUGAACAACUCCUCCCGUUCCGCAUAAGUGACAUCCAAAAGCAAGAGCAGCAGGGAAAUGUCCACUACGCCACUAUAGCAGAUUUCAUCAAUCACAAAAACUUAGUUUGUGUGGUCAAGAAAUCAAAUACAAUCCACAGUUCCAGGAGCUCAGAAGAGUACAAUGCCAUAGUUGCCCAUAUCAACAAUGCUACUGCAGCAGAAAACUAUGUCAUCAGCAAAUAUAUCACCAACUACAAAGCUACAGCAUCCACUUGGGGAGCAGCACAAGAAGAACAUUCCAAAAAGAUUGUUACCGACAUGGCUGAAGAUAUGGCAAUAGAAAAAGUUGACAGCAUAAUGGAAGGGGAUGCACAAAGCAAAGGAGUGGAUCAACUAAGUCCUUCUAACACAGAAGAUAAGAAGAAAAAAGCAGCAGUUGCAGCAGCCCCAAUGAAACUCAGAGUCAACCCCACUAAAAAACACCGCACCUAAACUGCCAAAGCCCAUCCUUGAAGUUAAAUCCUUCGAGAAUGGAUCUUCACUAUUCCUAAGUACUACCACUUUAACAAACAAUCUUGGCUGAACUUUUCCUUUAUCUAUUCUAUGUAACUAGAAGUAUCUAAAAUAAGACUGUUUCAAAUUAGGUUAAGUGCAAGGUGGUCUAUUAUACCUUAUUACAAAAGGAGCCACUGAGCAUUUAAUCUAAAUCUGAAAAUAUCACUAGGCCUAUAUUCCUGUGCGUAUGGUUAUCAACUCAAACUUUCUGAUCUAAGCUAUGGUUAUUUAUAAUACUAUGGUGUGGUUAUCUACUA